AUGUUACCCAUCCACUAUGGCUCCGCCCACUAUGGCUCCGCCCACCAUGACUAUGUCCACUAUGGCUCCGCCCACUAUGGAUGCCAAUCCACUAUGGCUCCGCCCACUAUGGCUACCCAUCCACUAUGGUGUAUGGUGUCAUCUCUGAGCCGUGAGAGGAGUAACCCCCUCCGAGGUCGUUGGGGUUCAGCAAGAAGUAACAUCAUCAAUACUUCCGGGUCACCGUCUCCUAAGGUCAUGUGGACCUCACGCCUGCUCUUCCUCUUCACCUUGUUCGCCCCACUCACCCUCGCGGUGAGUCGAGCCCCUGUCCCCAUGGCGGUGGUCCGUAGGGAACUGUCCUGUGAGUCUUACCCCAUCGAGCUACGCUGCCCGGGCACAGACGUCAUCAUGAUUGACAGUGCCAACUACGGACGCACCGACGACAAGAUCUGUGACUCGGACCCGGCACAGAUGGAAAAUACUAGAUGUUACCUGCCCGACGCAUACAAGAUCAUGUCGCUCAGGUGUAACAACCGUACCCAGUGUGUUGUGGUAGCUGGACCUGAUGUCUUUCCUGACCCCUGUCCUGGAACAUACAAAUACCUGGAGGUGCAGUACGAGUGUGUCCCCUACAUGUUCCUGUGUCCAGGUAUCCUACGAGGCGUGUACCAGAGCGAACACCUGUUUGAGUCAGACCACCAGUCAGGAGCCUGGUGUAAAGAUCCAUUCCAGGCCUCUGAUAAGAUUUACUACAUGCCCUGGACGCCCUACCGCACUGACACUCUCAUAGAGUACUCCUCAAAAGAGGACUUCAUCGCAGGACGACCGACGACCACGUACAAGCUCCCUCACCGCGUGGACGGGACAGGCUUCGUGGUCUACGACGGAGCGUUAUUCUUCAACAAGGAGCGGACGCGCAACAUCGUCAAGUUUGACCUCCGCACGCGGAUCAAGAGCGGCGAGGCCAUCAUCGCCAACGCCAACUACCACGACACAUCGCCGUACCGCUGGGGCGGCAAGUCGGACAUCGACCUCGCCGUCGACGAAAUCGGCCUCUGGGUUCUGUACGCCACGGAGACGAACAACGGACGCAUCGUGGUCUCGCAGCUUAACCCGUACACGCUCCGCGUCGAAGGGUCCUGGGAUACCGCCUACGACAAACGGACCGCCUCCAACGCCUUCAUGGUGUGUGGCGUGCUCUACGUGGUGAAAAGCGUCUACGAGGACGACGACAACGAGGCCACGGGGAAUAAGAUAGAUUAUAUGUACAGUACCAGCCAGAGUAAAGAAACCUUCGUGUCCAUCCUGUUCCCUAACUCGUACCAGUACAUAGCAGCGGUGGACUACAAUCCCAGAGACAAUCUUCUGUACGUCUGGAAUAACUACCACGUAGUCAAAUACUUACUGGACUUUGGGAACAACGACAACAGAUUGGACUUCGUUCCUCCAGUCGUCCACGGACCUCCCAAAGACCCCUCCUCCUCUUCCUCCACCAGUCGGACCACGACCACCCGGUCUCCUCCCUACUUUACCACGGCGCGACCCCUCCUCACCACCUUCCCCGGUCAACGCUCCCGGACAACCACAACUGUGCGGAACCCUGCCGGUGGUGCCGUGGUCGUCCCCGGCGAUAACCAGAUCCCAGAGAUCGUUAACCCCGGUAACGGACGGUUGGUUCCAGCCAUGGGUGUUCCCCCUCUGCCUCCCCAGCCCCCGGUCAUACCCCCCCAGGACCACUGCUCCCCCAGGCUGACAGCUGAAGUGUCCUGGCUCAGAACCCAGCAGGGACAGAUGGCCAAGCAGCCCUGUCCUGUAGGGACACUAGGUAACUACAGCCCUGUCCUGUAG